AUGGCCCUUAGGAACAAGGACCAACACAGGCUAGAUGCCGAUGCUGUUACGGUGGUAUCUAGGCAUUAUGGCGAUAUUAGCGAAGUCCCGUGGGAUGUCCAAAAAUACUACGAACAACGGUACAGUCUGUUUUCGAAAUACGAUGAUGGCAUUUGGAUGACGGAUGAUGGAUGGUUUGGCGUGACACCUGAGCCAAUUGCCAACUCAGCAUCUUCUGGAACAUUCUCCCCCGAGAGGAAUGUCCUCAUUGAUUGCUUCGCGGGCGUCGGUGGCAACACCAUUGCUUUCGCACGCACUCAUCGAUGGCUCAGAAUUCAUGCUAUCGAGGCAGAUCCCACUACCCUAGAGUGCGCCAAACAUAAUGCUCAGAUUUACGGCGUCAGUGAACGAAUCUCGUGGUACCAGGGGGACUGUUUCGAGAUUUUAAAGGAUGCCUUUCCCGAACAAAUGGACGACUGCGUUAUUUUUGCAAGCCCUCCGUGGGGAGGGCCGGGUUAUCGAUUUGAGUCGGUCUUUGACCUCUCUGCUAUGCAGCCUUAUCAUCUUUCUCAGCUUAUGGCUUGCUUCCAAAGUGUGACUGACAACAUUGUUAUCUAUCUACCACGGACGUCCGACAUUCGUCAGCUUGCGGCCAUCGCAAGAUUCUCUAGUAAGGUCGUUGUGACACACUACUGCAUAGAGGGAGCGAGCAAGGCGAUAUGCGCUUUUUUCGCAAAGUGA